AAUAGCACUUCCAGGUCAUACAAGAUGCCAUUUUGAUUUCACCUUUGCUCCAUGAGGUCUCAUACUCCAAGCUGUGUCCAGGAAUCCUGCUGCAGGGCUUUCUGUUAAUCCAGUGGCUUUCUUUCCGAUCAGCAUCACAUUUGGUGCCUCAGGGACUCUCAAACCUAGACAAGAACUGUGGACAAGACCAUAAUGACCCGCAUUGUCUUCGUUUGGGCAAUCGUACUUGCAAUAUUCUGGUUACAGAGCGUGCUUGGCACGGCUGAAGAAGCAUGCCCAGAAGUGAAAGUUAUUGGGAUUGGUGACACUGAUAAGCUGACCAUUCUCAGAGGAUGUAAUGGUUUCCCAGGAACCCCCGGGCCAAAAGGAGACACUGGUUCGGCGGGCGAGAGAGGUAAAGAUGGGCUUCCAGGACAAGUCGGGGUUCAAGGACCGAAAGGCGAUGCUGGAGAAAAAGGAAUUCAAGGUGAAAGGGGAGAGAAAGGAGAAGCGGCUAAAGCAAACGAUUCAUUGUAUGCUGCCCGGAACUGUAAGGAGCUUCAGGAACAGGGGGCGGUACUAAGUGACUGGUAUACAAUAUAUCCAGAUGGCGAGACCCCACUCAAGGUGCUGUGUGACAUGCAUACUGAUGGAGGUGGAUGGAUAGUUUUUCAGAGACGUUGGGAUGGAGGAGUGGAUUUCUUCCGUGACUGGAAAUCGUACAAGAUGGGGUUUGGCAGCCGCCUCGGAGAUUUCUGGUUGGGAAAUGAUAUUGUUCACAUGUUAACGUCAUCAGGUAAAUGGGAACUGCUUAUUGAUCUAAUGGACUUUGAAAAUACUAGACAUUACGCCACAUAUUCUUCGUUUAAAAUCUUGGGAGAGUCGGAACAAUACAAGCUGGUACUUGGAGCGUUCAAGGAUGGCAAUGCAGGUGAUUCUCUGACAGAUCAUAAUAAUAUGAAAUUUUCCACGAAAGACAAGGACUCUUCUUCAUCAAACUGUGCAGAAACAUUCAAAGGAGCCUGGUGGUACAACGCCUGCCAUUUUUCCAAUCUGAAUGGGCGCUACCUGUUGGGGCAACACGCCACCUUUGCAGAUGGAAUCAACUGGAACUCCAGCAAAGGAUAUUAUUACUCCUACAAACAUUCAGAAAUGAAGAUCAGGCCUGUGAACUAAUUAAAAAAAAAAAAAAUAAAAAA